GCAUGGCUUCUUCCCGGGAGCGGCUCUGCGAGCUCUGGAUGCUCUUCUUCGCCAAGAAGGACCUGUCCUACCUGCAGCAGUGGCUGGAGGCCUUCGUCACCAGCUUCGAGAGGGUCAUCGCCCUGCCCUCGCUGGAGCCCCGCAGGCCCGAGGAUCCGGGCUCGGAGAUCCCGGCGCUGCCGCGGGAGGUGCUGCAGGUGCUGAGCCAGCGGCUGGGACACAGCGUGGCCCUGGGGACACGCGACGGGGACAGGGGGACGGGGCUGGGCCAGGCGCUGCUGCUCCUCAAGUUCUUCAUCAUCAUCUGCAGGAACCUGGAGAACAUCCAGCCCGACAGGAACCCCGGCUGCCUCCCGCACGUGCUGCGGCUGCUGCGGCUCUGCGGGAGCCAGCUGCGGAGCAUCCCGGGGGACGAGCGGAGCCGGGCACAGCUGGAAAAUGGGGCACAGCUGGAAAAUGGGGCACAGCUGGAAAAUGGGGCACAGCUGGAGAGCCAGGAGAAUGGGGAAAAGCUGGAAAAAGGGGCACAGCUGGAGAAGGGGACACGGACGGAAAAUGGGACACAGCUGGAGAGCCGGGCACAGCUGGAAAACCGGACCCAGCUGGAAAACGGGAUGCUCCACGCCCUGCACCUCUGCGAGUGCUUCCUCGACCCCUACCAGACCUGGCGGCGGCAGCUGAGCGGGGAAUCCAUCAGCUCCAAGGAGAAGAGCAAAUACAAGUUCGCCCCCGCCCCGCUGCCCCCCGAGUUCGGUGCCUUUUUCCAAGAGAGUUUCCAAGGUGGGAAGCAGCUCCCAGAAACCAUCCAGCUCCGGAUUAUCCAUCUUUUUGGAGCCAUCCUCUCCGGAUCCAAGCCCAACGCGCUCCAGGCCAUCACCCCGGCGGCGCUGGACGUGCUCCUGGGGGUUCUGCGGCGGGGCGGCAGCGGGGCCCCCCCGUCCCCCGCGCUGCUGGAGGCCACGCUGCGCUCCGUGGUGGCCGCGGUGCACGUCCUGCACGGCUCCAGCCCCGGCGCCGGCCCCGUGUCCCUGCGGAGCCUCCUGGACGGAUACUUCAGGGUGCUCAACUCCGACCUCCCCGCCGCCUCCCUGGCGCCCGAGGCGGCCGGCGGCCUCAUCGCCCUGCGGGUGCUCAUGUUGGACGCCAUCCCGGCCAUGCUGAGCUGCCAGGACCGGCCGGUGCUGCAGGCCGUGUUCCUCAGCAACAACUGCUUCGAGCACAUCAUCCGCCUGCUCCAGAACAGCAAGCUCUACCUCGGCAGCUCGCGGGAGGCGGGUGAAGCCCGGGACGAGGUUCCCACCUGGAACGGGGAUGGACUCCAGCAGGUCAACGCCAGCGGCUCCGACGCCAUCGCUGUCCACGCCCUUGGGGUGCUCACGGCCAUCAUGAGCAACUCGCCGUCAGCCAAGGAGGUGUUCAAGGAGCGCAUCGGCUACACCCACCUCUACGAGGUGCUGAGGAGCCAGGGCCAGCCCACCCAGCGUCUGCUCCAGGAGCUCCUCAACAUGGCAGUGGAGGGUGACCACAGCUCCUUCCCAGUGCGUCCCAUCCGCAACGAGCAGCCCCUGCUGAUCCUGCUGGCCUGGCUGCCGGCGCUGGAAUGCCGGGAUCUCCAGGUGUUCCUGUCGGCGUGGCUGCGGCGGCUCUGCGAGGCCUCCCUGCCCAGCCGCCUCACCUGCGUCAAGGCGGGCAUGGUGGGCUCCCUGCUGGGCGCCCUGGCCACCGAGCCGGCGCUUCCCGGCGCCUGCUCCCAAAACCUGCUGGAGCUGCUGCGCUCCUUGGGCAGCCUCUCCAUCCGGCCCGGGGAGCUGCGGCAGCUCCUGCGGCUGCUGCGGCGCGAGCGGGGCCGGGGGCCGCAUCCCUACGUGGCUCCGGUCAUCCGGGCGCUGUCCGGCAUGGCCAGGGGCGAGGGGCCUCCCCGGGCGCUGCAGAGCUUCGACCUGAGCCCCGGCAUGGCCGGGAUCAUGGUGCCCACCAUCCAGAAGUGGCCCGGCGGCGCCUUCGCCUUCCACGCCUGGCUGUGCCUGAGCGAGGAGGAGCCAGAGCCGCUGGCGAGGCCGAAGAGGAGGCAGCUCUACAGCUUCUUCACGGCGGGCGGGACGGGCUUCGAGGCGUUCUUCACCGCGGGCGGCGUGCUGGUGGUGGCCGUGUGCACCAAGAAGGACUACAUGACAGUGGCACUGCCCGAGUUUGCCUUCAACGACUCGGCUUGGCACUGCGUUGACAUCGUCCACGUUGCCGGCCGCCGGCCCUUCGGCCAGAACAUCGUCAGCAUCUACGCCGACGGACACCUGCGGAAAACGGCGCAGCUCCGCUUCCCCUCCCUCCACGAGUCCUUCACCUCCUGCUGCAUCGGCUCCGCGGGCCACCGGACCACCACGACGGCCGCCGCCACUGCCGGCCACCCGCCGGCACCCCACGGGCCGGAGCUGGUCUUCACCCAGCACCCUGUGCUGGGACGCUCCCAGUCUGUCCCCGCCACCCUCGGUCCCCACUCUUGGACCCCCACCCAGCUGCCCACGGAGGGGGUGGUGGCCACCACGGCAGCCGGAAGCCAGGACACGGAGUGGGGCAGCCCCACCUCGCUGGAGGGUCACCUGGGCUCCGUGGCCAUCUUCUGCGAGGCUCUGCAGCAAGCCCAGGUCAAGGCUCUCUUCUGUGCAGGACCAAAUGUCACAUCCCCGUUCACACUGGAAGGUGACUUGGUGGAGCUCAGCAGUAAACUCUUGCUGUACUACACCCCCCAGGCCUGCAGGAACAACAUCUGCUUGGACCUCUCUCCCAGCCACGGCUUGGACGGGAGGCUGACGGGACACAAGGUGGUCAACUGGGACAUCAAGGACGUGGUCAACUGCGUGGGUGGGAUGGGGGUGCUCCUGCCCCUGCUCGAGCAAGUGGUGUCCAAGACGGAGGAGCCCGAGGAUGAACAGGAGACCAACGACCUGGUGGGGCCGGAGCUGACGUCUUCCAGGAACGCCCAGGGCAUGCUCAUCCCACUGGGAAAGUCCUCAGAGAGCAGGCUGGAGAGGAACAGCGUGGCCGCCUUCCUGCUGCUGGUGAAGAACUUCCUGCAGAACCACACCGUGAACCAGGAGAGCCUGGUGCAGUGCCAUGGGCCGGCCAUCAUCGGAGCGCUGCUGCACAAGGUCCCUGGCACGCUGCUGGACAUGAGCACCUUGGUGGCCUCGCAGAUCCUCAUGGAGCAGGUGGCUUCCGAGGGCAGCGGGCUCCUGCUGCACCUCCUCUACCAGCACCUCCUCUUCGACUUCCGCAUCUGGAGCAACAGCGACUUCGCCGUGCGCUUAGGUCACAUCCAGUACCUGGCCAGCGUGGUCAAGGACCACAAGCAGCGCAUCCGCAAGAAGUACGGGGUGCAGUUCAUCCUGGACUCCAUCCGGACCUACUACGGGGAGAAGACCACAGCCACCGAUGACAUCAGGACGGUGCAGACGUCCCUUUUCAGCCUGGUGAAGGAUUUCUUCUGCAGGAGCUUCUCCGGGGAGGAGAUGCAGAGCUUGCUGAACUACCUGGCAGGGGCACAGGAUGAGCAGCAGGUCUGUGGGGCACUGGAGGUGAUCCACAGCCUGCUGAAGGGCUCCCCAGCCCAGGAGCAGCUCUUCGCCUUCCUCUUCGAGCCGGGCCAUGUGGAGCUGCUCUUCUCCCUGCUGGUGCAGAAGAGGUUCUCGGAUGAAGUGAGGGAAAGGGUCUUCAAGGUCCUCUACAAGAUGCUGAAGUACGAGAAGGUCCCCGAGCGCAGCAAGAGCCGCCUGAAGCUGAAGGACAUCGGGUACCACGGGCUCAUCUCCUACCUCAGUGACGUUCCCGGCUCCAUGCUGCUCUUCCGCUGCCUCUCGGAGCAGGUCCUGGGGGCAGACCCUCCCAACUACAAGGACCUGGUGGCCGUGGUGUACCUGUCCCACCGGGCUGAGCUGAGCAUCCGACUCGACAUCUGCCGCAAGCUCUUCCACCUGAUCUACGCACAGCAGGACCUGGUGAAGCAGCUGGCCAGGUUGGCCGGCUGGCAGGACACGCUCACCAAGCUCUACGUGAAGGAGCCUCGGACCAGGAGCUCUCCGAGGGCUUCUCCGACCACUCCAUCUCCCCGAGCGGCCGCACCAAGUCCUUCCACUCCUACAACUUCAAGUCCUUCGACUCCUCGGACCGGGCCAGCCGCUGUCCUCCAACCCGGGGACGGUCCCCCCUUCGACGGCGUCUACCACCCGCUGUCCCCCUUCUCCACCUCGCCCUUCGACCUGGGGCUGGACCUGGCCAGCACCAGCUCCAUGGCCACGGCCGAGAGCGGCACCCAGACCCCGGCCAGCGGCCCCGGCACCCCCUCGCCCCUGGAGAGCUUCAAGCCCUUCCCGGGAAUGCGAGCGCGCAAGAGCUCCAGCCUGUCCAACGUCCUGGAUGAGAGCAGCUACCAGGACGUGCUGCCCAGCGACAACGUCUCCAACACCAGCAACCCCCAGCAAACCCCCGAGGAGGAGCUGUGCAACCUCCUGACCAACAUCAUCUUCUCGGUGACGUGGCGCGGGGUCGAGGGCUGGGACGAGGCGGCCUGGAGGGAGCGCGGCCAGGUCUUCUCCGUGCUCACCAAGCUGGGCAUGGCCUGCGAGCUGGUGCGGCCCCCGGACGAGAUCAAGCGCAGCCUGCUGGAGAUGAUGCUGGAGUCGGCGCUGACGGACCUGAAGGAGUCGGGCCCAGCGGCGCUGCCCGGGCUCACCCACAACGCCCUGAAGCUGCUGCGGCUGCUCCAGGAUUUCCUCUUCUCCGAGGGACACAACAACCAGGCCCUGUGGAGCGAGAAGAUCUACGAGGGGGUCAGCAGCCUGCUGGACAAGCUGGGCGUGUGGCACCACCUGGCCGACGGCACCUCCGACCUGAAGGAGAUGGCGCAGGCGGGACUGCGGGUGCUCGUCGGCUACAUCCUGCUGCAGGACCCCCAGCUGCACUCGCUGGCCUACGUGAAGCUGCACAGCCUCCUGCAGACCACGUCGGCCCCGCGGAGGGACGAGGCCUGUUACCUGCUGGGGAAGCUGGAGACGCCCCUGCGGCGCUCCCUGGACUCCAGGUCGGAGACUUUCUCCUGGUUGGUGCCCAUCAUCCGCACGCUGAUGGAUCAGUGCUACGAGACCCUGCAGCUGCAGCAGUUCCUGCCCUCGCUGCCCCCCACCAACGGCAGCCCCACCUUCUACGAGGAUUUCCAGCUCUUCUGCACCACCCCAGAGUGGAGGGGCUUCAUCGAGAAGCACGUGCAGCCCACCAUGGCCCAGUUUGAGAUGGACACGUUUGCCAGGAGCCACGACCUGAUGUCCAACUUCUGGAACGCCUGUUACGAUGCCAUGAUGAGCAGCUCCCAGCGCCGGGAGCAGGAGAAGGCGGCCAGCCGCAAGUUGUUCCAGGAGCUGGUGCUGGAGCCGGCGGCGAAGCGCUGCAAGGCGGAGAACGCCCGGCACGCCAACGUCCUCAAGCAGACCAACAACCACCAGAGCACCGUGCUCAAGCAGUGGCGGUCCCUGUGCCGCCUGCUCACCUCGCCCCGCUCCGCCUGGGCUGACCGGAACCCACCGGAGGUUCGCUGGAAGCUGUCAAGUGCCGAGACCUACUCCCGGAUGAGGCUGAAGCUGGUGCCCAACCUCAAUUUCGACCAACACUUGGAGGCCAGCGCCCUACGGGACAAUCUGGGAGCUGACCACCUCCAGAACCCCGCCGAGUCCCUCCCGCUCGCCAUGGCCAAGGAGGCCAAGGUGAGCGAGCUGGAGGAUGACCAGCUGGCCGAGGAGGACCUCCCUGUCCUGGACAACCAGGCUGAGCCCAAGGAGCAGAACCAGCGGGAGAAGCUGGUGGUGUCGGAGGACUGCGAGCUCAUCACGACGGUGGCCGUGGUCCCUGGGCGCCUGGAGGUGACAACCCAGCACGUUUAUUUCUACGACGGCAGCAGCGAGAAGGAGGAGACGGAGGGAGGGAUCGGCUACGACUUCAAGCGCCCCUUGUCCCACCUGCGCGAGGUCCACCUGCGCCGCUACAACCUGCGCCGCUCCGCCCUCGAGCUCUUCUUCAUCGACCAGGCCAACUACUUCCUCAACUUCAGAAAGAAGGUGGGGACCUCCUCACCCCUCCCAGGGCCACAGCUCUGCCCGAGCUCCGGCAGCUCCACGUCCUUCUGUCCCGUCCAGGUGAGGAACAAGGUGUAUUCCUGCAUCCUUGGCCUGCGGCCCCCCAACCAGACCUAUUUCGGCAGCCGGUCCCCCCAGGAGCUGCUCAAAGCCUCGGGGCUCACACAGAAAUGGGUCCUGCGGGAGAUCUCCAACUUCGAGUACCUCAUGCAGCUGAACACCAUCGCGGGGCGCACCUACAACGACCUGUCCCAGUACCCCGUGUUCCCCUGGAUCCUGCGGGAUUACGUCUCGGAGACCCUGGACCUCACCAACCCGGCCGUGUUCCGGGACCUGUCCAAGCCCAUCGGGGUGGUCAACGAGCGGCACGCCCGCGACGUCAAGGAGAAGUACGAGAGCUUUGAGGACCCCACGGGCACGGUGGACAAGUUCCACUACGGCACUCACUACUCCAACGCCGCCGGGGUCAUGCACUACCUGAUCCGCACCGAGCCCUUCACCACCCUCCACAUCCAGCUGCAGAGCGGCAGGUUUGACUGCUCGGACCGGCAGUUCCACUCGGUGCCGGCGGCGUGGCAAGCCCGCAUGGAGAACCCGGUGGAUGUCAAGGAGCUCAUCCCGGAGUUCUUCUACUUCCCGGAGUUCCUGGAGAACCAGAACGGCUUUGACCUGGGCUGCCUCCAGCUCUCCAAUGAGAAGGUGGGGGACGUGGUGCUGCCGCGGUGGGCGCGCUCCCGCGAGGACUUCAUCCACCAGCACCGCAAAGCCCUGGAGUCGGAAUAUGUCUCCGCCCACCUCCACGAGUGGAUCGACCUCAUUUUUGGGUACAAGCAGCGCGGCCCGGCCGCCGUGGAGGCCCUCAACGUCUUCUACUACUGCACCUACGAGGGGGCCGUGGACCUGGACGCCAUCACCGACGAGACGCAGCGCAAGGCUCUGGAGGGCAUCAUCAGCAACUUCGGGCAGACGCCCUGCCAGCUGCUCAAGGAGCCGCACCCCGCCCGGCUGUCGGCGGAGAGCGCCGCCCGCAGGCUGGCCCACCUCGACACCCGCUCCCCCAACGUCUUCGAGAACCUGGGCCAGCUCAAGUCCUUCUUUGUGGAGGGCAUCAGCGAUGGGGUGGCCCUGGUGCAGGCCGUGGUCCCCAAGAACCAGGCCCAUUCCUUCAUCACUCAGGGAUCCCCCGACAUCCUGGUCACCGUGAGUGCCAACGGCUUGUUGGGGACCCAUAACUGGCUGCCCUACGACAAGAACAUCUCCAACUACUUCAGCUUCACCAAAGACCCCACCGUCACCAACGCCAAGACCCAGCGCUUCCUGCAGGGCCCCUUCGCCCCCGGGGCCGACCUGAGCUCCCGCACGCUGGCCGUGUCCCCCGACGGGAAGCUGCUCUUCAGCGGGGGACACUGGGACAACAGCCUCCGUGUCACCUCGCUGGCCAAAGGCAAGGUCGUGGGGCACAUCACCCGGCACAUAGAUGUUGUCACCUGCCUGUCACUCGACCUCUGCGGCAUCUACCUCAUUUCUGGCUCACGGGACACCACCUGCAUGGUGUGGCAGGUCCUACAGCAGGGUGGCUUUUCCAGCGGCUUGGCUCCCAAGCCCGUCCAGGUGCUGUACGGCCAUGACGCCGAGGUGACGUGUGUGGCCAUCAGCACCGAGCUGGACAUGGCCGUGUCCGGCUCCAAGGACGGCACCAUCAUCACCCACACCGUGCGCCGGGGUCUCUUCAUCCGCUCCCUGCGGCCGCCUGGCGAGAGCUGUCCCCCCGCCGUCCUGUCCCACCUGGCCGUGGGGCCCGAGGGGCAGGUGGUGGCCCAAACCGCCGUGGGGCAACCCUCCUGCUCCAAGGAGAGGUUCGCGCUGCACCUGUACUCGGUGAACGGGAAGCUCCUGUCCUCCGUCCCGCUGGACCGGGAGGUGACAGCCAUGUGCCUGACCGAGGACUUCGUGGUGCUGGGGACCUCGGAGUGCGGGCUGGAGAUCCGCGAGCUCCAGAGCCUCAGGGCGGCCGUGCCCCCCGUGCCCAUGCGGGUGCCCGUGCACAGCGUGUCCGUCACCAAGGAGAAGAGCCACAUCCUGGUGGGGCUGGAGGAUGGAAAACUCAUCGUGGUGGGCGCUGGGCAGCCCGCGGAGGUGCGGCCGGGCCAGUUCCACCGGCGGCUGUGGCGUUCCACGCGGCGCAUCUCCCAGGUGUCGGCCGGAGAGACGGAAUACAACCCCUCCGAGGGCAGGGCCUAGGCCGGCACCCACCACCCACCCACCUACCCACCCACCCCGGGGGUGCCCCGUGCCCCCCACACGGACUUGGGGACCCCCGGGCGCCGAGGGGGGCCCGGAGAGCCCCGCCCUGCCCGACAUCCGUGGCCUUAUCCAGCCCCGCCGGGGUGUCCAGCCCCCCCUGGAUUUUCGGGAGCCGCCUCCCCCGUUGUCACAGCGGGAUGGGGGACAGGAGGAGGUGGGGACCCCUCGCUGGGGAAGGGGGGGAGGGGGUGGCACAGCCCCCCCCGCCGUGCCCGCUGGCCAGGAGCCGGCGGCGUGUGGGUGUCCCCCGCUUAUUUUUUAUUUCUAUCCAUUUUUAGAGCUUUUACAGAAAAAAAAAAGAAUUGUUAUUAAUAAUAAUAAUAAUAAUAAUAAUAUAUCUGUGGGAAA